UAUGCCAUAUUUCCACGUCGAUGAGUUGUUCCUUUCCUGAACCGCCAGGUCGCGAUGCCCAACAGCUGAGCGGAAUAACCUGCGGGAGAACAGCUUCAGUAGCGUCAGGUAACCAUGGAAACACGCCCGGAGUAAGCAAAGCAGGUGUCCCAUAACUCCGCGUGUAACACAUCCAACGCUUUGGGGUAACGAAACAGAUAGAAUAGAAGAGAUUAAAUUAGAUAUUAUUUUUCGACCGUUAACGUAAGGUUACGGAUAAUGUUCAGGACUAGUUAUCAGGGUGGAGCAGUGGUGGAAAUCUUCAGUGGACAGGGAAAGGACCCUGUAGCUAAAUGGAAACUUUACGGAGGCCCGUCAGCCAUUCAUAAGGAAUACAAUAAAGAAGUGAAAGGCUUUGUUUACUGUUUGGAGGGUAGCAGCCAGACAGUAAGGAUGCAAAUGCCAGAGAAUGGGAAAAUGUCUCUGGGACUUCUUCAACGUUUCUUGGUCCUUCAAGUGAAUAUUCCCCAUUGCAAGGAUUUUUCUAUUGAGCUAAUGAUAACUGAUAUAGAGCACCGGAAAAGAAGAAUUCACUUAUCAACAGUGCAUAAAGAGUUGUCUGCCACACUUUUGCAUGCAAGGAUACCUUUUGUAGGAUUGAAACGCAGUAUUUGGUCUACUUUGUGCAUCGACCUUGAAUCAUUCACCGGGGAACUGUUCAAGGGCUUUUUGACACUGGAUGGCAUCACGUUGUUUGCCACCUGUAAAGUCCGCAGAAUCUUCACCAUGAAAACAGAGCCUGCAGGAAUGUCAAAUGAUGAUAUGUUUCUUAGUGGUGCUGGUAUUAUGGACUUGAUACCUCGCAGUUGCCACUUCCCACCAGAUGUUACCCACGUCACUCAGGUGUUGAAUAUGGAUCAUUUGCGGAAAGCCGACAUGAGGCCUGGACUGUUGAGCUCUGACUGUGUUCCUGAUCACUCGACCACGGCCAUAUCAACUGGUUAUCGACGAUCCAGGCCCCAGGGGGUUUUACACAAAGCCUCAGGCUCCCCACUUUCAGGGCCAUCCCCUCAAACUGGAAGAAACAGCAAUGCAGCCUCAGACGGAGUGGAGAGAAAUGGAUCCCCGUCCAGAAGAAUGGACCAAAGUGAGAGCCUUGCCAAGCUGAGGGAGAAUUUAUCCCACGGAGAACCUUCCCCCAUUCUUAUUGAGGGAACACUUGGCACGAUACAGCCCCAUCCCCCGAGAGACAAACAGGGAUAUAAGAAGCUACGAGUCUACGGCGCUGGAAGAGAGAGGCCAGUAUCGUCAGCAACUCCAGACGCUGUACCUGGUGGCCAAGGAAAGAUAACUAAAACUAGGAAGAAGUACACCGCUUCACCCAGUUGGCAAGAGAGCAAGCAAGAACUUCUGACCCGAAGAGAAAAGACAGAUCACCUAACAGCAGAUGUGUAUAGCCUGACUCGUGCCAAGGAAAGUUCAGAAGCUGCUCCCACAGCAGCAGAGCCUCUCUCCUGCUCGAUCUGUCCAGCUUUUUCUAGUGACCUGCAGGUCUUGAGCAGCUGGGAGAGUAAUGAGGGGCCUGAGCCCCAGCUCACUCUGCAAGGGGAGGUGUUCACUUUCAAACCGCAGCCCCACUCACCCAAACCUGGGCAAGUCCAGGGUAACCAAGAGAUGACCGGGAUGGGAGAUGAUCAGCUUCGGAACCAAAAUGUUAGGCGGUACGAGGCCCAGCUUGAGGAUGACUUUAUCGGCAGUGAAAGUGAUGAGGAUAAGAACUACAACACGUUCAACCCCAUCACUCCCAGAUCUCCCAGUCCAAUUCUAAAUGUGCAAGGGGAAGUCCAUCCUGAAUCUCAUAACAUUGAUCAAAUAACACCAAAAGAGCUCAAUCCAGCUACCACCGGUAUGCCGUCUCCAUCCAGUGCGAGAGCUGAACCAGCUGGGAUCGCCCCCACACGCUGCCUCUCACCCAGUGCAACACCAAGCAGACAGGAAGUCAAGUGUGCCACGUGUGGAUCAGAGGUGGUGAACCAGGUUGUGGAUGAGAACAGCAGUGUACCGCUUUCAAGGAGACUCCAGCAAGAAGUCAAAUUGGAUGACUCCACACAGCACAAGGUAAUCAUUUUAAAGGCAGAAGAGAACGACACACUGACGCCUGUUGACUGCAGCGAUUACAACCUACACAAGGUUAGCCGUCUGCGGAUGCACGGGGAUGAUGAUCACGAGCUUCGAAUGCUGGCGAGUCUGAAAAGAGAGCAGGAAGCAUAUGAAUGUCGAGCCUCAGGCCUCAGUGCAUCGCAGAUCCACCACUGCAAUGUCAGCAUCAGCAUGAGCAGUGACGACGCCUCUACCUGGACCCACAUCUCCAUGAUCAAGCCAGCUAAUCAAGGUCACCACUAUCAGAAGGAAAUGAACCCCCUCCUGCAAUCAAACCCCAGGGAGUGGAUGGACGUGCUCAGCCCUCCCAUUAUGCCUCCGAGCCAGCGGGGAUGGUCAGGCAGCAGUCGGAACCAUUUAGAAAAUCUAAUCGGAGGACGGGAGGAGUCUGUGAAGGACGAGGAGAAGGAGGAUGAGUAUUUGAAUCUGCUCUAUGACCCCUGCCUGAACUGCUACUUCGAUCCAAAGACUGGGAAGUACUAUGAACUCGCUUGACUCAAAGCUUGAGAGAAUCUAAAAGAAGAAAUCAGAAGUUAUUGACAGUGGAUGAAUGGUAUCAUCCCCUUUUGAAGGCCUAUAUAAAUGCACCAUUCACAGAAAUGUUGCUGCUUUAAGUUUUUGUGACACUAACAAGGGGAUAUGUGUCUCCAUAAAUAGUCAUAUUGGUAUGUAAGGGAGAGGAACUCAAUAAAUAAGACAGAUGCUUUUUGCAAUAAAUAGAGUCGUUGCCCUUUUAGUAGCACAUCUGAUGGUAGAAAGAGUAUGUUUUUAAUUCUUGGUGAGCAGAUUAAUGUCAUCCUUUUGAAUGAACUUCCUGGAGUUUCUUUUGACAAAGAGGAUUUCUGACAUUUAAGUUUUGCUUGGAUUAGUAUAACAGUAAAGGACAUUUAUGUUCUUUAUUUAUCAUUAUUUAUUUUUUAAAUAAUGUAAUUAAAAAUAUGUGGAUAUUUUGAUGUAUUG